AAAGCAAAAAUGAAUAUACAAUAAAAUAGCAUAAAAGCAAAGUCUCUCUAUCUGUACUCCUAAUUAAGUCUUGCUCUUUGGUAGAAAUUAACCAAAGCAAAAACAUGUCUGUGUUUCGUCCCAAGACCUCGGCCACUGCUUUGGCACUUGCUUUACCAAGAGAAACCGACAAGGAAGAGCAGAGUCUAAAGAAUUUGUCCGACGACGUUAUCACAAAUCGUAUAUUCACCAUAAACAGCGAAGAUGAGCCGAUGAAGAUCGACAUUGAUAACUACAUUUUGUUCAUCGACAGCGUCAUCAAAUCCUCAGAUAAGAUUGCUGUUGCUUCUCAUUGGGCAAAAGGAAACAAAGGGCAUUUUGCAUUGGAAGAUGACUCCUUGAAAUAUCCCUCCCAAAUUGAUCCUCCAAUUUGCAUCCUUCAUCAAAUUUCAACAGAGAUGACAUGCAAGGAUCCAGGCGUAGAAACAGCACACCAAACAACUCUCGAGAUUCUGAACAAAUUGGCAAGAUAUCCUUGGGAUGCCAAGGCAGUGCUGAUAUUCACGGCGUUUGCGACGAACUAUGGAGUUUUGUGGCACCUCGACAAUUACUCGCACUCGGAUGCGCUCGCUAAAUCAUUGGCAACGAUCAAGCGAGUGGCAUUGCUGAGAAAGGAAUUGGAUUCUGUGAAAUAUGGGCAGGUGUUUUUCAACCCAAACAGUAUGAUCUAUAAGUCCUUGAAGGCAAUUAAAUACAUAAAUGAAUUCAGGAAGUUAUCAAGAUAUGAUACAAAAGAUGUGCCUGAGUUAUCUGCAGCACUUCGCCAGAUCCCUUUGGUUUCUUAUUGGGUUAUUCAUACUCUUGUGGCUUCUAGCAUUGAACUUCAUUGCUAUCUUUCUGGUGUACAAGGUCAAACACAUAAAUAUUUGAAUGACUUGUCUGAAAAGGUUGGAUCAACAGUUGUGACACUUGAGAAUCAUCUGCAGAUCAUCCGGGAACAACAAGAAGAGGUAGAACUUUAUAGGUGGCUGGUGGAUCAAACUGAUCAUUUUCCUACUGAUAUCACCUUAUUCCUUUCCAAGUUGAUUGAUGGCAAACACAAAGCCAGGCCUCUCAUUAACUGUUCUACUCAAUUGGAGGAAUACAUUGAAGACUUUUUGAAGGAAAAGAAUUUGAUAUUAAUAGUUUCAAAGCGUUUGGAUAUUUCAAAAGAAGAUCUAGAGAUUCUUCAUUCAAUUUACAAUGAAGUGAAGAAGGAAAAUAAGUUUGAAAUGGUUUGGAUUCCAGUGAUUCCAGACCCUCCAAUUGAAGGUGAUGAGGAAGCAUAUGAAUAUUUAAAAUCUACAAUGAAAUGGUAUAUAGUGCCAUUAGGUACACAAAUUGCAGGUGUGAGGUUUUUGGAGGAGAGAUGGGAGCUUAGAGAAGAUCUAUUGAUGGUUGUUCUCAACACACAAUCAAAGGUUGAAUUUUCAAAUGCUGUUCAUUUGACUAGAGUUUGGGAAAAAGAAGCUCUUCCUUUCACUUAUGACAGAGCAAAAGCUUUGUUGAAGAAGAAUUGGACUGAUUCCACUGUCGUCAAAUUUACUGACCAACCUAGGUUGAGGAGUUUGGUCGUGAUUAACCAGGAAAGAAAUGUCAUAUUCUAUGGAGGGCACAAUCCCAGAUGGAUUAAAAGAUUUGAAGAAUCAGCAGAAGCCAUGAAAAGAGAUCCUACAACUAGAGAUGAAGGAAUUACGUUUGAAUUGGUACCUGUAGCAAUGAACAAAGGAGAACUUGAUCCAGAAAUCAUGUUUCGUUUCUGGAUGGCGCAACGGAGUUACUUCAUUCUCAAGCAUCAACUACAUGGAUCAACUGCAGCUGACGAUAUUUCACGACUGAUAUCCUACGAAAAUGAAGACGGAUGGGCAAUCAUAGCCAAAGGUCUGACAGUCGUCUUCGUUGGUGGUGGUGAUUUGAUAUUAAAAGCAAUGGACGAGUAUCAAUUAUGGAAGAAAAAUAUACGUCGAGUAGGCUUCUCUGGUUCUUUCAAAGAUUACUUCGACCAGCUCACUGCCACGAGUCUUCACUGCACACAUGUGAAUAUUAUCGGAUUUAGCGGGUGGAUUCCUCUUAUCAUCACCUGCCCAGUGUGUCGUCGCUACAUGGGAAGUGGUAUCAGAUUCACAUGCUGCCAUGGCGGCCCUGAUGUUCUUUAGUAGAUCAUCUUAUUCUGCCAAGCAGCCCUGAUGUUCUCUAGAUCAUCAUCUUAUUCUUCUUCUACUAUUGCUAAAUAAUACCUUUUGGCUGCCUCACCUAAAGCCAUGUGGUUAUACUAGAGCUGUUCUCUUAUCAUAUUUUCAUACCUAUAUUUGGUUUUCA